AUGCCCAAGCAUAAGCACAAAUCUCCUGCCACUCUCAAAUCCCGCCUUCUCCGUUCAAUCAAGAGGCAUCUUGAAAGGCCUAAGCCUGCCUUACCAAAUGCUCGUGUUGCGAAGAAAGCAGAACUCACGAAACACUAUGGACUACCCGAAGACUCGAAAUUCCUCUUCUUGAAAAAAGGACGUCAUUUUGGGAAGCCUCGUCUGAGUCUAUCUUACGGUACGGUGGUCUGUCUUGAUGCGGAUACCUUGGAGCUUUUACUGGUGGUACGAUUCGUGGAGCCAACCGAAAUGGAAGAUUCUGUUUUCGAAUCUUACAAUCGUUCCAUAAGCACAAUCUAUCAGCAUGCCAAAGCUCGGAAUGAAGUGAAAGGGAAUGCUGCUACUUAUCGAGGGAGGAGAAAAGGUCGAAAGUUUGGCCGAAUGUACGCUGCAGGCUUCCGUCCAGGGUAUGAUCACGAGGUCAAAGGAGGUCAAUAUACAUGGAAUGAAGAGACGGCGAGUGAUCUGCAGAAAAUGGAAGCAGACUUGAAACGACAAGGGAACCUUCCCGCCAUCGAAUCAUUCUUUGCAGAAAGAUUCAGCUCCCUAUCUUUGUUUGCUUUCGAAUCUAAUGCGACUCUCGCGGCUCAGUCGAAUGCCCCAUCUUGGGCGAAUGAAUCGUUUUAUGUAUCGCCAAACUCCAAAGUAUUCGGAUCCAAUAUCAUCGUGACCUGUGAUGAAUUUGUCAACAAGAAACAUAAGGAUAGAGACUCUUCGAAAUAUGCAUUUGGUUUGUUUAGCUUAGUUGACCGAGCAACAGGCAAACUUUACCAACGGGGUCUCACAGCACCCAGAGGUGAUACUCUUGGAGCCAGAUUCAUUCUUGAUGACUACAACGUCGACGUGAAUUUAGAUGCAUCUGAUGGAGUCAUUGAAAUGCUAUGGAAUUCUCAAAUUCACCAUCGAACUAGCGCCUCCAAGACUUACGAUGUUGACCAUAAGCAAAUCUCUGUGGAAACCGCCGAAAUUACUCGAUUCGGUUGCUCUUGUCAAAUUUCUCAGGCCUUGGUGAAUCAACUUGAUAAAGUCAAAGCCUUGCGAUCCACGAUGUCUGAAGAAGACUGGGAUACUUAUCAGGCUUCUGUUUUGACUGGCUAUAAAGAACAAGCUCACAAAAAGAUGAAAGCACUUGCAAUCAAGUACGGGAUAUGGCAAAAUGAUUUUUAG